UGUAUGGGGCAGUGGUAGCUGUCAGAUGAUCUCCUCUCCAUGGCCGGUCGCUCCUCUGGCUCUGGCUCCUACACCGUGGUUAUCAUUCCCCUCAGGACCAGCUUGUACAGCCUGGACGCUCUGCGCUUCUACCUAUGGAUUAAGCGUAUGAAGGAUCUAGAGCGGGAAAAGGAUGCACUCUUCUCUGGGCUGGAGAUUCUAGAGAAGGCCCGCUUUUGGUACCUGCAGCGUCUGGAGGAGAACAGAGCGAGGCAGGACAACAUUGAGACCAAGAGCUGGUUCGGGCCCCCCCAGGAGGGCACAGCAGAGGCUCGCUCUUGCCUCCUCAGGUCUUGUAUUCAGCGGGUAAACGGCUCUCUGGGGACCGUGAUGAGUGAGCCCAAUGUCACCAGCAGCAGCAACCCCUCUCUGCCUGAAGCAGUGGCAGACAGCGACCUCAGGUGGCACAACACGGUACUGACUCAGGAAGUGAGCAACAAGAAUCGACAGAUCUCCUUGUUGGAGCUGGAAAAAGACGCUCUGCUUGAACAGCUCGAUGAACUAAAGGCACAUUGAUAACUUUUUUUUUCAGGUACAGGUGGG